AUGGCAGUAGGCAGCUUUAGGUGGAGAAAAAGCAAAAGCAAGAUUAAGAAGAUAAUUAAUCCUCAUAAGAUGAGACGAAAGAAGGAUGAAGAAGGGAAAAGGGCAAAUAAGAAUGGUACUUUUGCGGUGAACAAUGAAACUACUUACGCUACCAUUGAAGUAAGGAGCGGAGCCACUAAGGGACUAGAGUGGUCAUGA